CGCUGCCGCAUAUCUUUCACCUCGCCUUGGAGUCUGAUAUACACAGAUGGCGGCAACUCUUGCCGUCUGCUAGGAAGGAAGCAGAAAUAGGGAGAGACCGAAUCGUUGUAAAAACAAGAACAUAAAUCGCUACCUCAUGGAUGUCGGCGGGCAUGACUCGGAGGGGCGCGAGUUCAGAAAUGCAGAUGAAAUGUGGAGAGUAGAGACAGGAGAGGAUGGAAGCAAGUCCCAGUGGUACGGCUCCGCGAUUCGUUAUUGGGAGAAGGUUGAAGCCACCAUUGAUGGAGUGCUGGGCGGUUAUGCGGAUGUGAAUGAUGCCGACAUAGCUGCAAGCCAUGCAUUUCUCAAUUCCAUUUUGGCUGAAAGGUUCCCAACCCAGAGGGACGUCUCAAGACCGUCUUCCCACCUCGUAGCUCUGGAUUGUGGCUCUGGAAUUGGAAGGGUCACCAAAAAUCUACUUUUACGCCAUUUCAAUGAGGUUGACCUUCUUGAACCUGUUCCCCAUUUUUUGGAGGCUGCGCGUGUGAGUUUGGCCCCUGAAAAUUUAAUAGCGCCUGAUAUGCACAAAGCUGCCAAUUUUAUUUGUGUACCACUUCAGGACUUCACUCCAGAUGCAGGGAGAUAUGAUGUGAUAUGGAUACAAUGGUGUAUUAGCCAACUUGCUGAUGAUGACUUCAUUGCAUUUUUCAAAAGAGCAAGGACUGGCCUUAAACCUGGUGGUCUUUUCAUUUUGAAGGAAAACAUAGCUAGACAAGGAUUUGUUUUGGACAACAAAGAUAAGAGCAUCACCAGGUCGGACAAAUAUUUCAAGGAGCUCUUUCUUAAAUGUGGACUCUACCUCUACAAGACAAAGGAUCAAACGGGGUUCCCUGCUGGAUUACUUGGCGUGAAGAUGUAUGCAUUGUCAACAGAAAUGCCCAAAUUCAAACGAUCAUUUAAUAAUAAGCGCAAAUCUAAGCAGCUGUCUAAUCGACCUGCCAUUAUUAGGUGAUAAUUUUUAGUCUUUGAAUUCUGCCUCCAAAGCAGGAAAUUUUUUAGCAGCUUGAAGUUACUCUUUUCCCUUGCCUCAUAAACUUUGCUACCCUGCAAUUAAUUACUCCGUAUAAGAACAUGAGUGUUUAAUUGUCCAGUAUGUGAUACAACUCUUUGCCAAUUUUGACAUUUCUUGCUAUCCCUCGUCUCAUCCUGGGUGCCCCUCCACGGCCACCCUAAGGCAUAUAGUGAGGAUGUAAAGAAUGGUGGCCGAACCAGUUUUAUAAGGACAUGAAAACCAUUUUUUCCUACUAGAGUUAAUCU